GGGGAUUUAACAGAAAAAUACAGAUAACUCCAAGUGCACACUUGAUCUCAGCCGGGCCCGAACUGCGGGAAGGUGUAAAAUGGGCAAGAUAUAAACUACCGCCGACCUGGAAAUUGGAAUUCUCACUCUGGCUUGAAUUCUUCUGCAUUGUCAUUCAAACUUCAAACAUUCCGGAUCCCAAAACAGACGCUCCAACUCGCCCAAUCGUCCACAACUAAUUAGAAUCAAGAUAGAAACUAUGAAGAAGACCAGUAAAACGGCGCUCAUGGUCAUGGACGUGCAGGCUGGGUUCGUGUCCGGCCUCGUGCUGCCGUCCGUCUUUCUGCCUCUUCUGGCCAAGACAAUUGACACGGCGCGCCCCCUGGUUGACCUCGUAAUUUACACCACCGUCGCCUUCCGCUCAGGCUAUCCCGAGAUAGCGCCCAACAAUCCUACUUUCAAUGUCGCCAUCAAAACCGGCACCUUUCUAGAAGGCUCCCCAGAAACAAAAAUAGUCCCAGCUGUCGCGCCCAAGCAGGGCGAUAUUCAGCUCGAGAAGAAGCGCGUCAGCGCUUUCAGCGGUAGUGGAUUGGACGUCAUUCUGAGGGGUUCGGGCAUCGACACUCUGGUCUUGGCCGGCAUCACCACCAGUGGCGUGGUCCUGUCCACGCUUGCUGAAGCAUUCGAUAGCGAUUUCAACCUUGUGGCCCUCAAGGACCUGUGUGCUGAUAGCAACGUGGCGCUGCACAAUGCUCUAACUGCUGGCCUGUUUCCGAGCAGGGCCCAAGUUGUGGGUGCCGAGGAUUGGUUGGCGUCGCUGAAAGCUUGAGGCAGGAACAGUACUGUUGGAAUCACCAGGUACCGGUACUGGAAUCAACAGGGCGCGCUGCGCGCCGUAUACUGGUGGUUCAAGUGUUGGAUUUCGU